AUGGUCGACGUCACCGGUGGAACGCGCGUUGGCUUAGCCAAGUUCCAAACUGGAGAUAUAGCCACAACAGAGAGUUUCCUGGACACUGGUCUUAAUGGCCUACCCAGCCUACAGCAGGUGACGAUGUUGCUUCACCUAAGGCUGCGCAGAUGGACAUCCCACAUUCCGCUGAUCAACUAUGCUGUCGAGGGAUGCAGUGAGGAACUCUUUGUUGAACUGGUGCCAAAGAAGAAUAACAUGCACGUACUCUGCUGUGGUGGACUUGUCUCCAAGGCUCUCAGGUUCACUCUGAGGAUGUUUACCUGGCAACAUAUUGCUGUUUCUCUCAACCUGGAGACCCGCAUCCUCCAAGUUAUUUAUGAUAAUCUGACAUACUAUGUUGAACUAACACCGCCCAACAUCGAUGCGCCUCCCGAGCAGCGUGUUGAAGUGCGAGCUGGAGGCCGCCUCGUCCUGGGACAGAAACUUUACUCUAUGGAGGGAGACUUCAUCAUCUUGAACAUACUGGAUGGAGAGAUUGCUGACUACAGGAUCUAUGACGUCGCCCUACAAAUCGCUGAAAUGAGCCAACUGCUCAGCUGCAGGGACUUACCGGACCUGAAUCCACCUCUUAUUGACUUGCAGAACAAUAAACUUACGGUCAGGGGUCCUACAACGAUUAGAACCGUGGAAAUGAAUGAAUUGUGUAGCGAUUACGUAAGUGACUUUUAUUUGUUUUUCUCGCACAAAAUGAACUUUAAACGUGCUUACUCGUGGUGUCGGAAACUGAAGGGACAACUGAUCAUUCCAGAAGAUGCCAAGACGAAUGCCUUUUUCUUCGACAAGUUUGUUAGUUACAAGGAUCAGUGUAGAGACUUAUGGACGCACCUGUUCUGGAUUGGUGCUGCUGGCAACCUCACAACACUGCAGUGGUUGAAGCUCACUGAUGGAACGCCAAUAACAUGGUACCAGUUUCUCAGAGAAUAUGGAAGAGCUACAGUCGAAUUUCAUUGUAUUGCAGCAGUAUAUCACGACCCGUAUAAAUGGGCCUCAUGCCCGUGUGAAAUACAAACUUGCAUUUUGUGUAAUUUCACCACUUAUCCGGUAUUACGACUACGCGGACUGUGCAGAGACUCCUUGUUAGACCGUGUUUUCUCUUUCCGUGACAAUGAAGAUUUCGAGAUGAUUUUUGACGGACUGGGUCAUGUUGUGAUGCAAAACGUGAAUGGCUCGUGGACCAUGAGAAGUCGACUCUAUCUAAACAUGAGAGGUACCAUGUUGGCCCAGUGGAGUGGCGAGUAUCCGCUUGGUGUUCACGUCUGGCAGAUAGAAGGUGACAGGUGUCUGCAAAAGCAGAUGGAGUUACUACUGACGCCGUGCAAGGACGACGAGUACACAUGCAGCGACUUGUCGUGCAUCGCUAAGAGCCGUCGCUGCGAUCUGAGUAUUGACUGUGAAGAUCAGAGUGACGAGAUGAACUGCAAAGUAGCUAUGGUUCCUCCUGGUUACUCCCCCGGGCUCCUUCCCCCAUCACUGACAUCCAGACCGCUUCCUAUCCUCUUCUCCCUUAACAUCACUUCAAUUAGAGAGUUCAACUUGGUGUCCUUUACCAUCAGUAUGGACAUCUUCCUCGAGAUGAAGUGGAAGGAUAUACGACUCAAAUUUAGCAACCUUCAAGAGGACUUCCGCUCUAACAGGAUUAAAGAAAUGGAGGAGGUUUGGACGCCUGAGAUAAAAGCAGAGGAUGGUACCAAGAGUUCCGUCGAAUUCGAACCUCACUCCCAGGCAGUGUACGUGAUCCGAGUCUCCGGUCCGCUACCCGAUGACGACACCACCAUCCGCGAAGAGACAGUGUACAGCGGGACGGAGAACAUGAUGGUGUUCAAGAGUGAGAACACACUCACGUUUAAGUGUCACUUCAAGCUUCACAUGUAUCCCUUCGACCGACAGCGAUGCUACAUAGAAUACAGAAUACAAGACGUCUCCAAGGACUUUGUCAUCUUCGAAAAGGAAGGAGCUGGGAUGCUGGUGUUGGGAGAGCGUCAGCUGCUGGAGUACACUCUCAUCUCUGAGACCAUCACCAACUACACCAUUCAAGGAGUCAGCUACGUCAAGGUUGAGUUUGUGUUCAGGAACCAGUAUGGAUAUUACAUCAGCAACACUUUCCUGCCCAGCAUCAUGCUGGUCAUCAUCUGCUGGCUUGCUCUCUACUUCGACCUCACAGACUUCCAGGACCGCAUCAUGGUGUCUUUGACGUCUUUGUUGGUGUUGGCAACAUUUUUCACCCAAACAAGCAACUCUAUUCCCAAGACGACUUACCUUAAGCUCAUUGACGUGUGGUUUGUGGCGCUCAUCUCCGAAGAUUUCAUCAUCAUCGUAUCCCUGGUAUACAUCGAAGUUCUACGCCUGAAGCUCCCUGCCUCCUCCACCCUCAAAGUAGCGCCUAUGGACGCCUCAUCCACUAAAAGACACUCUCUUUGGGUCCCGGCUCAUACAGAGGCCUUUAAGAUGAACAGCCUCUUACUCAAAAUUUUUUUCGUCGCUACGAGUAUUCUGUUUCUCAGUUUUGUUUCUUUGUUUGUCAUUAGCACGAGCUCUCUCUAG